UGAAGUUAUUACGCUCUAGCUAGAAAAAAUGUCCGGACGCGGAAAAGGAGGCAAAGGUUUGGGAAAAGGAGGAGCCAAACGUCAUCGUAAAGUCUUGAGAGACAACAUCCAGGGAAUUACAAAACCAGCCAUUCGUCGUCUGGCACGCAGAGGUGGCGUGAAACGUAUUUCCGGUUUGAUCUACGAAGAGACGAGGGGCGUCCUUAAGGUUUUCCUCGAGAACGUCAUCCGUGAUGCUGUGACCUACACCGAGCAUGCCAAGAGAAAGACUGUUACGGCCAUGGACGUGGUUUACGCCCUGAAACGCCAGGGCCGCACUUUGUACGGUUUCGGUGGUUAGAAUCGAAGAAGCCAUUAAACCACUGCUGCGCUUGAAUGUAUUGUUAAACAAUGGUUCUCUGCUUUGAGUGUAAUGUUUUUUGAAGGCGGACAGAAGAGUUGAAUGUUCUAGAAAGAAUGCUUUUGAGCGUGUGCAGUAAUGUGCAAGUAUAUUUUAUCUAUCUGUAAUGUGAUUGAUAUUGAUAUAUAUUUGAAUUUGACAAAUUAAGAUUAAGACUGUUUUAUCGUUUAUUGUAGGUUUUAUUUAUAUUUAACAAAGACUAUGUCACGUUGCUACUUUAGUUUCAUAUUUGAAUGCUUUAUUUGAUUCUUAAUUAUAUGAAAUGUGAAGUAAACAGUUGAUAAACUAAAAAGUACAUAAACCAAACCA